AUGAGUUCGCCUGCUGCCCAUCUCCCUCCUCCUCUCCCAGAGCAUGCGAUUCAGACUCUUUUGCAGGCCUUGCGCCUGCCUCAUGCCACGUCGAUCAGCAAUCCGCAAAUGACUGCUCAAUAUCAUUCAGUUUACUUCCUCACUCUGUUGCCUACCGAGUUGUCGCGCGGCCACUCCGAGCUCGUUCUUCGCGUCGCGGGUAACCACCUCCCCGAGAUCAAAACUGCGAAUGAGAUAGGCAUCAUGACUUGGCUCUCCAGGAACACCAGCAUUCCUUUACCAGAGGUCAUAGCCUACGAUGCCACGAACCAGAACCCGAUUGCUCACGAAUACACCUUGCUUUCUCGCAUCCCUGGCGUCACGCUCAGCGACAUCUACGGUAGCUUGAGCGACAAGCGACAAAACGACAUCAUUGACCAGCUGAUCGACUUCCUUAUGCAACUCCAGGCGCACCCAUGGGAUGGCAUCGGAGGAUUGACCGUCGAUGAUCAAGGCGAACUGAAGCUCGGCCCAGUGGUGGACGAGACAUUCUGGCAGGUCCCAGAUAUUCAAGCGCUAUGGCCCGAAGGAGAGACAGUGACGACCUUGAACAUCGGAGGGCCGUACAAGACAUACGUCGACUACAUGAUAGCACAUGUCACCAACUACAUUCGACUCAUCGAAACUCACGAGAAGCUAGCCUUCAUGCGAGACAUAAGUCCCCGCCUCGAGGCAUUUGUAGCCGCUCUCCCGAGACACGCCAACGAGCUUAACAACAUUAAGCUACGCCUCGCCCACAAAGAUUUGCAUUUCGCUAACACGAUGUUUGACCCGUCUUCUGGCAAAAUCACUGGUAUCCUUGACUGGGAAUUCGCUGGCGUCGUGCCAUACCCCCAGUGGAACCCAAGAAGCUCCUUUCUCUGGAACGGGAUCGACACCUCGGAGUCGCUGAAGGAAAAGUACAGGUUGUUGGAAGUCUUCAAGCAGCGCUGCAAGGAGAAAGGCUGCACGUUGUUCGAGGAGGCGGCGUACACCUCGCCAAUGCAGGAAAGCAUGCAGCUAGCGGUUGACUUCUUGCGGGCUAUCGUGGAGGUAUCACCAAGGGGUCAGCGGCAGGAGCUGGUACAAAGAUGGAAGAACACGGUGCUGGACAACAUCGCGAAGUUUGGGGCUUAG